AAUCCAUCUCUAACUUUUUCACAUUAAAAACCAAACGUACAAAAUUCCAGUAGAAAAAAAAAAGAAUAUGGGAACAAACGCACAGUGCCUUACACCCAAGAUCCUCGAUCUGGGCAAAUGGGAUUCAAGGGCAAUUAGGCACUACAGUACCUUGCCACGCAUUCAGAAGCAAUUGCGCAGGGGCAACUGGACGUACAUACAGGAACAUCCAGAGAUACGCGCCAUCAUACGUGUCAUAAUGCAGCACGUGAUCAAUGCCAAUCCGGAUAAUGUACGGGAGUGUAUAGCCGAUUUCUUUAAUUGCGGCCGCACCCCUUUGCUGGUGCCUAUGAUAAACACGCAAUUAAAGUACGUGAAGGAACAGCUACAGCGCGGACGCUGGAGCAAGUUUGAUGCGGAAACGUUGUUCAUGGAGAGUCCCUCCACCCAUUCGCUCUUAUCGGCAGCUUCGACUGACUUCAAUGUGCAUCCCGUGCUCACCUAUGCCCUCGUCUUCAAGAAACCCGACGAAUGUGGCAUUGAUAAACCGCCUUAUUGACAAUCCCUCCAAUCGAAUGUGUCAUAUCACAUGCACAUAUCUAAGUUUAUUUUUAUGGCUGCAUUUCGGCUAAUUUUUCAAAAAUAAAUAUGGUUUAUAUGGUUAAAGAGAGCUGACCUCUGGCAGUUAUUGUUGAACUUUAAAA